AUGACCUGUAACUGCUGCUCUAGAAUUGUUUCUCCCUCCUUUAGGUGCUGCUGCCCACCUCAGGAUCCAGCUGUGGCUCUUCCUGCCCCAGCUACCUGGUCUAUAGCACUACCAACUGCUCUGCCCAGCAUCUGCCAGCUGGACCCCUCUCUGCAUGGUGGCUGCCAGGAGACCUGCAUUGAGCCCACCAGCUGCUCUCCCAGUACCUGUCAGCUGAGCUCCUCUGUGCACAUUGGCUGUCAGGAGACCUGCGUUGAGCCCUCCACCUGCCAGCCGUCCGUUGUGGUGUCCAGCCCCUGCCAGAUGCCCUGCUACUACCCCAGGAGCUCCAUACCCUGCAGUCCCUGCCAGGGGACAUAUGCUGGCUCUCUGGACUUUGGGUCCAGCAGCUACUGUUCCCUAGGCUAUAGAUCUAAAAUCUGCUUCCCAGGGAGAUGUGGCUCCAGUGGCUUCAGGUUUCUGUAUAAUGAAGUCCCUGAUUUCCCUUCUUUGAGUUGUAUAAACACACUGUGCUACCCAGUCUACUUGCUUUUCAGUGCCUACCCACCUUCAUUUUGUGUUCCAACAUGCGGGCUAUGUCUCUCUGGAACCAGCUGUUAA